GAACUGGGAAGGCAGGCAGAACGUCGAUCAUAUGCGUCCAGGCCCUGGCCCCUGGUUCUUUCUUCAUCAUCGCAGCAGUCAACAGAGGAGUGUAAGGUCGAAAUCGAGUGAGUAAACAAGCCGAUAUCAUCAACGCAGGAGGACAUCAUCAUCAUUAAGUUUUAAGAAGAGCAAUGGGGGUGAUAAAAGACGGGUCUAUUACGGGUGUUUUACCAACCAACAAAGUCUUUGCAAUUAACUACCCUGGUUACCCGUCAUCUAUGGAACGAGCUCUGGAGACUCUUGGUGGGACUCAAGAUAUUGCAAAGGCUCGAGAAUCGCAAUCAAACAAAUUAGAACUUCAUUUCCGCCCCGAAGAUCCGUACUCACAUCCUGUAAAUGGGGAUAUUGUGAUGCCUUGCAACCAGUUUUUAUUGAAAAUUUCGAAACAGAAAGAUGAGGGACGGAUAUCAGAAGGAGCAGAAGAAAAUGUUUGUGCUGAUAUUGUUGGCCAUGUGUCAGAAACGUAUAAUUUUAAUGGAAUGGCAGACUACCAGCACGUUCUUGCCGUUCAUGCUGAUGUUGCACGGAAAAAGAAGAGAAACUGGGCUGAUGUUGAACCACAAUUUGAGAAACAUGGGCUAAUUGAUGCGGAUCAAGAGGAUUUAAUGAUUUUACUACCCCCUCUUUUCUCGCUGAAAAACACACAGGAGAAUUUGGUGUUGCAACCAUCUAUUUAUGCGAGCCAGAAAAAGAAACACGAGGGAGUUGUACAACACCGUUGGGAGAUGGACAUAGAGCCUUGCCUUGCAAUUGAUUUCAACAUCAAAGAUGUUCCUAAGAAGGUGAACUGGGAAAAGUUCAUAGCUGAAGGUACAAAAGAAUGGAAAUACCAGAUGGCAGUAUGUGAUUUGUUUAACGAGCGUCCCGUAUGGAUCAGACAAUCUUUGUCUGAGCAUUUGUCUAACAAAGGUUUGAGUCUCGGCGAAAACUCUAUAAAAAGGUAUCUCUUCAGGGCAGCGUAUUAUUUUCUAAACGGGCCAUAUCGUCGGUUUUGGAUCAGAAAAGGAUACGAUCCUCGUAAAGAUCCAGAAUCUCGCAUAUAUCAGCGGAUGGACUUCAGAGUACCACCACCUCUGAGAAGCUACUGUGAUAGUGGCAUAGCAUCCGGGUUGAAGCACAAAUGGGAUGAUUUAUGUGGCUUUCGAGUUUUUCCAUACAAAUGUCAAACAUCAUUUCAGCUUUUUGAACUUGUCGAUGAUUACAUUCAACAAGAGAUUAAAAAGCCCUUGACUCAAACAUCUUGCACUUUAGCAACGGGUUGGUUCUCUCAACACAUCCUCGAGAUCUUGAGGUUACGCGUUAAAGUGAGGUUUUUAUCAGUAUAUCCAAAUCCCGGUGCAGAGUCUUUUCUGAAGUCGGCUUCUUUACAUCUUGAAAAAUUAAAAAGAACGAUAAAUGUGAUAAAAGAAAAGAUAGUCAAUAAAGAUGAAGUUCAUAUUGAGGAGAACGAAAUGAGUAAUGAUGAAGAUGAUGACAUGGAAGAUGAUAUUGAGGAUGAAAAUGCAGAUGAGGAUUUUGAUGCAUAUGAGGGACUUGAUAUGGGUGGUGAUGGGAACGAUGCUUUACCUGAUUCAUCUUAUAUAAACCAAGAGAAUGUUUCGAAGACGUACCUGCAAGAAUUAUUUGGUAGUUUUCCAAACAAUGGACAAGAUGCCGAAAACAGUGAUGAAGAGUAUCAUAUAUUUGAUGGAAGCAACUCUGAAGAUGAAGAUGAGGAUGAUUACUAAUAUUCUUUCUUAUGUAGUGGUAUAAGAAGAGGCUCCUGGGGUUCGCUGGAAUUGGGUUAAAGCGCCGGUUUCAAAUGCCGAGUUAAAUGAGCUGCAGAAAUGCUUGGAUCUUCCGAGUGAUUUCGCUUAAUAAUCCAUCUGGGUUUUUCUCGGUUUGUUCCAUCAAACUAUUAGUUCAGACUUGUGGUUCAGUUCCCAUCAUUCAGUUCCCAAUUGAGCUGGUAUGUCUCUAACUGUUUAGGGUUUUCGAUGAAGUUUCUCAUUUGACCGAAUGCCCUUUGACCCCUUGUCGUUGGCCAUCAUCGGUGUCUCCAAAAGUCUUCUUGUUAGAUAUAGCUAUUUAACCUGUUUGGGUUUUCGAUCUGGGUUCGUUUGAACCAUUAGGUUUUUGUUAAUGACAACGUUUGAAUAGGAAACCAUUAUUUUUAGAUUAACUCGGUGAUGAUGAAUAUCCAUCCGCUCAUCUAAGAGAUUGAUGUGGCCAAUUUUUUAUUGCAAUCUGGCUUUGUGGUUGUUUGUUGA